CAUCCGCACUUGCCUCCCUCAGGGCGGACGGGCGGCCUCCGAAACCUGUCCGGAUCCAUGUUCUCUCGUGCCGCUCUGGGCGAGCGAUGCCAGCGUACCAGGAGCCAUGUUUGAUCAGGACUACGGGAAGGUCAGCUCCAUUCUGGAGACCCUUGUAAGGAGAUGAGUUGUUGAGCAGAGGCCAGGAUGAAGUUGCUGCCAGGAGUGGGCGUUUUCGGGACUGGCAGCUCAGCCCGGGUCCUAGUCCCACUGCUAAGAGCAGAAGGGUUCACCGUGGAGGCCCUGUGGGGAAAGACCGAGGAGGAGGCCAAGCAGCUGGCAGAGGAGAUGAACAUCAGCUUCUACACCAGCCGGACUGACGAUGUCUUACUGCAUCAAGACGUAGACCUGGUGUGCAUCAAUAUCCCACCCCCACUCACCCGGCAGAUAUCCGUGAAGGCUCUAGGAAUCGGGAAGAACGUGGUAUGUGAGAAGGCAGCAACAUCAGUGGAUGCCUUCCGGAUGCUCACAGCAUCUCGCUACUACCCACAGCUGAUGAGCCUGGUGGGGAAUGUCCUGCGCUUCUUGCCUGCUUUUGUGCGCAUGAAACAACUGAUCGCAGAGCACUACGUGGGUGCGGUGAUGAUCUGCGAUGCCCGCAUCUAUUCUGGGAGCCUGCUCAGCCCCAGCUAUGGCUGGAUAUGUGAUGAGCUUAUGGGUGGUGGGGGCCUGCACACCAUGGGUACCUAUAUUGUGGACCUGUUGACCCACUUGACUGGCCGGAAAGCCGAGAAGGUGCAUGGGCUACUCAAGACCUUUGUGAGGCAGAAUGCCACCAUCCGUGGCAUCCGGCAUGUCACCAGUGACGACUUCUGUUUUUUCCAGAUGCUUAUGGGUGGGGGAGUGUGCAGCACCGUGACACUCAACUUCAACAUGCCAGGUGCCUUCGUGCAUGAGGUCAUGGUGGUGGGCUCAGCAGGGCGCCUUGUUGCCCGGGGGGCUGACCUCUAUGGGCAGAAGAACUCUGCCGCACAGGAAGAGCUGCUGGUGAGAGACUCGCUGGCUGUGGGUGCAGGGCUGCCUGAGCAGGGGCCCCAGGAUGUCCCACUGCUUUACUUGAAAGGUAUGGUCUAUAUGGUGCAGGCCUUGCGCCAGUCCUUCCAGGGACAGGGUGACCGCCGUACCUGGGACCGCACCCCUGUCUCUAUGGCUGCCUCAUUUGAGGAUGGACUGUAUAUGCAGAGUGUGGUGGAUGCCAUUAAAAGAUCCAGCCGAUCUGGGGAGUGGGAGACUGUGGAGAUGCUGACAGAGGAGCCAGAUGCCAACCAGAACCUGUGUGAAGCACUUCAGCGGAACAACCUGUGAGCCAGGGAGGGGACUGGGAGCUGAGGUUGGCUAUAGCAGAGACAGUGUUUGUUCAAUAAAUCAGCUUGGGCCAGGCCUGGGAACCAACUGAAGGUGGCCAAGGAAAAAGCCCAUCUGUCCAUCAUUGACUCCUCAGACUUACAAGGCAGCAACUGCUCCUGCUGCCAUGUCUUAGGCUAGCAGUGUGUGCAGGACAGGGCUGUCACCUGGCCCCUUGUGGUGCUUCCAGAGAGUAGGGCCAGGGAAAGAAUCUGUGGGCUGUUGAGCCUGAUUUGUGGUCUGACAGGAUGAAAAAGCCCAAUAAGGAACCAGCCUGGUUGUGUUCUAAGGGGAGAUGGCAAGCUGUCUUGGACCAGGGCGCCUUGGGAGGGAGAGG